AUGGAAGCACGGCAGCGGCGGCUGACACUAGCAGGGCGCGCAGUCGUGGAACUCCAAUGUCAUGAGCACACAUUCACGUGCUUCAAGGGCCGGCACCACAUCUGCUGCCGCAUGGGCUGCCGUGCGAUCUGCAGCCAAUAUCCCGGACGACCAGCACAGUCGUGGUCUCUCACGUUCGAGGUCAGCAGAAAGUUGCAGGACAUCCGUGAAUGGAAGAAACAGCACCCCGAUGCUCCGCCGGACAAUCCUGAUCAGCCCACACUCGACAGCAUGCCUGUCAUGGCCACUGCGGCAGGCAACUAUGCAACGAAUUACGGCACCAAACUAGAAGGCCACAACCAGAGCGUGGCCGCAGCGCAACAGCAGGACCUUUUGGAGGAUCAGCAGGCCCACCGGACACAUGCACCCGACCGGCCGCCUCCCCCAAACGAGCACCGAGACCUGGGCCGCUUCCGUGUAGCUCACGCCAACAACCACCUCAUCGGCAGCUACACGCGCCCCACCUCGCUGCUGGCGCUGCAGGCGGAACAGGGGCGCAACUCGCUGGAAUCACACACAUACCACUCCCAUGACCUCCGUGUGUAUAAAGCCCUGCUUACCGCAGCAGCGCCGCAGGGAGCGGAUGAGGAGGCGGCCUCCGUGACGCCGGAGUUUGUCGUACACGACGAGCCAGCCGCCGAUGACGGCACUGCACGCCUUACGGUCGUCGAUCACGGUGUCGACUAUCUCCACCGGGGCGCGCUGCUAGCGGCGUAUUCACCCAUCCUCAUGACGAUGUGGUUUGACAAGGUCCGCCGCCCGUCCAACUGCCGCGGCGCCUACCCUGCCGCAUACGCGCCCCUCGCUGAUAGCCACCCGCAAUUCAACACGCACUGCUGGCACCAGCGCACGACGCCAUCUCUGCCACGCACAUAUGGCGAAGUCCCACUGCCGCCGAAUGAGGAUGGCAACACAGAAGAUAAAGAGGCCUACGCGGUGUGGGCACUAGGCAACUUCGGGUCUUACAGCGCGGGCACCGUACCACACGGUGUCACCUCACCUCCGAUCACCAACCUCUCACCACUUCAAUACAGCGAAUCCUUUGUGGUGACACACGGAAUUUACACUGAUUUGCAUUUCAGCACACAAUCCCACCAGGAACUCAAGCACAUCACCAUCACCCCCACCACCAUGGCCAUGAAGAGCCAACCCCCACCCCGCCCCCCUGCAAUCCCCACCCGGGGGCUCCCCAGUGCUGAGGGCGCCAAGGGGAGCCGGACUAGGGGGUAGAGGCCGUGUGGAGACAGCGAAGGCCCCUUUGCUGGAUACACCGAAAACAAGUCGGUAUACUGGGAAAUGGGCCCACUCCGUCCCUGCUGCUGUACGUAUACGUAUAUACACAUCCACACACACACAGCGAUACAUACUGGCCAACUGGCCCCACCGCUACUACCAGCUGGUUAUACCCCAUCACCCUUUAAGGGGGAGGAGCUCAGACAGCCCCCCUCCCUCCCCUCCUCCCCGUCCUCACCUCCUGCUUUCCGACUACCAGAGACUGCACACUGCAACAACGGGGACGGGGACUCGCACGCAACUGCAUGCUCGCUUACAAAAGAGAAAAGAAAAGACGGAAAAGGAGAUGGCGGACGCAAUGAUGGAGCCAAAGGAGUCGCUUUCAAAGAUGUCCUCCCGGGGGAUGGGGGAUCGGAGACAGGUCCCUGUGUGUAUGUAUGUAUAUGUGUGAUAGAGGAAGGAGGUAUAUAAAUAAGGGAGAGAGAAAGAGGCGGCCCCUCAGCAACAUCUCUCAGCAGCAGCAGCAGCAAAGGAUAACCACCAGGGGUGCGUGGGGGGGGGGGAAAAGGGCCGACAGAGUCCGCAAACAGAGCCCCUUCUCCCCUUCACCGCUCAAUAGGAAAUCGUCGAAGACGUCCUGCGGCC